CUCGUCCGUCACUCCCCUGCUCUUCUGCCUAGUCCCUCGGCCGUCGUCACUCCCCCCCUCCGCGGCCCCGGUGGUUCCUCUCCCUCUCCUUCCGCGGAUCCAUGGCGAUGUGGAGGGCGGCCGCGAGGCAGCUGGUCGACCGGGCUCUCGGCGCAAGGGCCGCGCACACAUCUGCAGGCAGCAAGAAGAUCGUGGGGGUGUUCUACAAGGCCGGCGAGUACGCCGACAAGAACCCCAACUUCGUCGGUUGCGUAGAGGGGGCACUCGGCAUCCGCAACUGGCUCGAAUCACAGGGCCAUCACUACAUUGUCACCGAUGAUAAGGAGGGCCCCAACAGCGAACUGGAGAAGCACAUUGAAGACAUGCAUGUCCUGAUUACCACCCCAUUCCACCCAGCUUAUGUUACUGCAGAGAGGAUUAAGAAGGCAAAGAACCUGGAGCUUCUUCUCACGGCUGGAAUCGGCUCCGAUCACAUUGAUUUGCCAGCAGCCGCUGCUGCAGGCUUAACCGUGGCAGAGGUUACUGGAAGUAACACAGUCUCCGUGGCAGAAGAUGAGCUCUUGCGCAUUCUGAUUCUGGUCAGGAACUUCUUGCCUGGGUAUCAACAGGUGGUUCAGGGAGAGUGGAACGUCGCAGGCAUUGCCCACAGAGCUUAUGAUCUUGAAGGAAAAACUGUUGGAACUGUUGGGGCCGGUCGGAUCGGCAGGCUCUUGCUUCAGCGUCUUAAGCCCUUCAACUGCAACCUGCUUUACCAUGACCGACUUCAGAUCGAUCCAGAGCUUGAGAAAGAAAUUGGUGCCAAGUUUGAAGAGGACCUGGAUGCUAUGCUUCCAAAGUGUGAUGUGAUUGUGAUCAACACACCACUUACCGAGAAAACAAGAGGCAUGUUUAACAAAGAGAGGAUCGCAAAGAUGAAGAAAGGUGUAAUUGUUGUGAAUAAUGCUCGAGGAGCAAUUAUGGAUACUCAGGCAGUUGCAGACGCUUGUUCCAGUGGUCACAUUGCUGGGUACGGUGGCGAUGUGUGGUUCCCCCAGCCAGCACCGAAGGAUCACCCCUGGCGCUACAUGCCUAACCAUGCCAUGACCCCCCACAUCUCUGGGACUACAAUUGAUGCUCAGCUGCGGUAUGCUGAGGGUGUGAAGGACAUGCUGGACAGGUACUUCAAGGGUGAGGACUUCCCCGUGCAAAACUACAUCGUCAAGGAAGGCCAGCUCGCAAGCCAGUACCAGUGAUCGCGCACGCCAUAGGCCAGAGCUGUAUCCUUGUUUUUCUGGUGAGAUUUGCGAGGAAGAAACUGUUGUUCUGUCGCUGUAUGAGUAGUAGUUGUUCUCAGAGAUGCCUUUGCUGGCAUGGCAUCGUGUAGAUGAAUAAAUAUUUCUUGCCUCUCAUCGUACUAGACUUGCUGUGGUUAGUUUUGGCUGGGAACGUCUGUUAAACAUACCAUUUUAAAAACAUUUUUUCCUGGAGAAAAGCAUAUAUGUUUCGAGUUC